UUUUACAAGCGUCCUGAGGAGUUCGAAAACGCAAUUUACUUCUCAAAAUGGACGAAACUCCGAAUGUUUGUCUUUGCCACGACAUGAAAUGGCGAGCCAAGUAUCAUUUCAUAAUGAACAGACUGCAUGGGAGGUUACAGCAAGUCCAAUUGAAAAGAAUUGCUCGAGUCAUCUGUGCGUGUCAGAUUGAUAAUGCAGGUCCAAAUAGCAGCAAACAAAAACUUAUACAAGAAACUUUGGCUGAAAGAUGGGCAGCAGUCUCAACAGAAAGUCUUACAGCAGCCAAACCAUACUUCGAACAUUUUAUAGCAGAACAGGAUCCUUGUGAGGAAUUCCAUGGAUUUCUUAAAAAUUUCCGAGACCAAAUGUUUCAGGCUAAGUUGUUAAGUAACCGUAACAGCAGUGCCAGCAGGUUCCUAUACAUUCUACAACAACUCCUACAGAACAGUAGAUGCAGCAUCCUGGAUCCCAUAGCAACCAACCCACAAGCAAGGAAAAUCAACAAGGAGGUCAUUGUUUUGUCUGCCCUGCGUGAUGUAGAUGUGGGGAAUUUUAUUGGGAGGAAAGGUGUGAGACUGAGAAAGAUAGCUGUAAAGGGGUCGAAGAUUGAUAUAAAAUUCAAUGCUGGCACCAAAAAUGUGGAGGCACAUAUUGUGUGCCCAGAGGCAGGAAUGCAGGCACUCAAGGAACGGUUGGAAAAAGAGUCUAAAAUAUUACGAGAAAGCCGAGACCAACACGAAGAAGCGGUGGCAAAGUAUCAACGAGAAAAGAAGGAGCUGGCUCGUGGUGGUUUAGCUGGACUUGAAGUAGACUCAAAUGACGAGGAAGAUGAUGAUGAUGAUGAUGAUGAUGAUGAUUGAAAUUGCACAGACAAAAACUGGGAAGAGACAUCUUAUCAAAAUUUGUGCUGAGUGCCUAGGAAUUACUGACCAGAUGACAAGAUGAUGCAGGAAUAUUAAAACUGUGAUAUAUUGAUGAUCCUGAAACACUGGCUCUCUACAAAACUCUACAAUCAAAUGUUGUUGGAAGUCUGUGCUGCCCUAUGAGAAAAUGUUGUUAAGAAGAUUUUAUGUUGUUUUAUGCUCAGAUUUUAAGCUCAGAGUGAAGGAAGAUUUUACUUUCAAAAUUGUUAGGUGAUAAAAUACAUGUUUGUUGAAAGAGAAAUGUGUUAAUUCCCCAUGGAAUAUAGCAGAUGUAAAUAUACAGAAAUAAUCUGUAUUUCUAACUGUGAAAUAUUGAUAGUACAUAAAUAUAUUGACUGGAGAAACAGUACUGAUUUUGUGGAAAAUCUUUUUGCCAGCAUUUUAGAAACAGUAUAAGUUCUGUACCGUUCUUCAAAUGGAUUAAACCCAAUAAACAUCUACAUCAACAUAAAACUUCUCCAGGUACCGAGGGUAGUGCUGCGGUCAUUACAGUAACAGUGUGAAAAAAAGAAGCAAUACAGUGUAUUACUACAAAGUAACAAGGAAGGAAAUAUGUUAUUUAUGAGUAUCAUUUUCUCUAAGGUGUACACCACUACCUUAUGAGUAUCAUUUUCUCUAAGGUGUACACCACUACCUUAUGAGUAUCAUUUUCUCUAAGGUGUACACCACUACCUUAUGAGUAUCAUUUUCUCUAAGGUGUACACCACUACCUUAUGAGUAUCAUUUUCUCUAAGGUGUACACCACUACCUUACGAGUAUCAUUUUCUCUAAGGUGUACACCACUACCUUACGAGUACCAUUUUCUCUAAGGUGUACACCACUACCUUAUGAGUAUCAUUUUCUCUAAGGUGUACACCACUACCUUAUGAGUAUCAUUUUCUCUAAGGUGUACACCACUACCUUAUGAGUAUCAUUUUCUCUAAGGUGUACACCACUACCUUAUGAGUACCAUUUUCUCUAAGGUGUACACCACUACCUUAUGAGUACCAUUUUCUCGAAGGUGUACACUGCAGACAUUGCACCAUAAACAAGCAGCUUAUACUCUUGAUAUACCCAGUACUAAUAUAUGUCUCCGACAAUACGCCUGUUAGUAAGCCAAUUCAUAUCGAAUGCUGCUCAGUAAAUUACUUACAAAUGUGAAUGUCCUUUGAUAAGCCUACCCCAGGGGCGGUUAUGUGUUUGUCCCCUGGGACAAAUGUGAAUGUCCUUUGAUAAGCCCACCCCAGGGGCAGUUAUGUGUUUGUCCCCUGGGACAAAUGUGAAUGUCCUUUGAUAAGCCCACCCCAGGGGCGGUUAUGUGUUUGUCCCCUGGGCUUAUUACAAGGAUAAAAAUGGUUGUUCAUGCAUAUGUUUCAUUAAUAUCUGAAUAUUUCAUAGAAUUAAUUUUGAUAUAUGAUCAAAACAUGUCAACAGACUGUCUGUACAAGGCUUCUCAAUAAAUGUGUGUUUAUUUGCAUCACUAAGAAAAUCACUGAUAUCCAUAUAUCUGCUAACAGAAUUUUUUUUCAUUGAAUAGAAAUAAAAUAUGAUGUCUCAAAGUAA